ACACUCAGCACCUUCCCAUCGCAACCGCCGCCUCCGAUCAGCAAACCAACCACCACCCAACCUUCCAUGAACAUGAAACCCACCGCCACCGUCGCCAGCCUCCUUCCCUUCCCAUCCCCGCUCCAAUCGCUCAUCCGCGACUCACCCACAGACCAUGAUUCCUCUACUACUUCCGCCCUGCACUCGCUCGCUAUCCAGAUAGUGCAUAACCUUCAACAUCAGCACUUCUGGACGCACCUCCACAUCCACACCCACUCGCCAGUCACCAAUGCGCCCCUUCCACGGCCCCUGAUUUCCGGUCUGCCUCCCCAACGCCUCUAUAUCCACCCGGACGAGCAGAUUGAGCUGGUCAAGUCCGCCGAUCGCGCCCGCAAAGCAGCCGCAAAAGCAAAGGCAGAAAAGGACGCCACCGGUGAAGACUCAGCAGCAGCAGCAUCUUUGGACGUCAAAGCGGCGCCGGAGCGAGAGUGGGUUCUACCCACGCGCUUGAGCGAGAAAUGGACGUUGCGCCGCCUCGCUGAGAUCUUUGAUGCUGUCUCUCUAGUCCCGCCUGCGCCUGCAACCGAGUCGGAGGAAGGAAACGCACUCAAUGGCGAUGUGAGCGAUCAAAAUUUGGUCAGGGAGAACCCAUGGCGGACGACGAAAAGAGUGGUGCUGGCUACCGCGGACACCGACAGCACUGUUGUGUACUACAUCAUGCAAGAUGGUCUGGUGAAGCCGCGCCAGAACUGA